CGGGCGGGGCGGGGCGGGCGGCGCCGCUUCCUUUGCCGGGCACCCCCCUCCUCCCGUCCGCGGGGAACGAGGUAGCGCCGCCGGCCCAGCAUGGACAGCAAGCCGCUGCUGCAGGAGCGGCCGCCCGCCUACAGCCCCGCCGCGCCGCCGGGCGCGCCGGGAUACGACUACGGGCACGGCAACUACGGCGCCAUCCCCGCCCCGCAGCCCGGCUUCCAGCCGCCCCCGCCGUACCCCUACCCGGGCACCGCGCCCGCCGCAGGGUAUGCUGUUCCUCCACCGACAUCACAGCCCAACUAUUCGAGCACGUACACCAUUAUUCAACAGCCUGCUACCACCACUUCUGUGGUAGUAGUUGGUGGCUGUCCUGCCUGCAGGGUUGGCGUGUUGGAGGACACCUUCACCUGUCUUGGUGUUUUGUGUGCCAUUGUAUUCUUUCCAAUUGGGAUUCUGUUCUGCCUUGCACUGAGGCAGAGAAGAUGCCCUAAUUGUGGGGCAGCUUUUGGCUGAGGGGAUGAACGGGGCGUGCUUACAGAAGCUACAACUGUUAGCGUACUCUUUCUAAUGUAAAUGUCAUGUACAAUCAUGUUAUUUGCUUCAGACCUGUUUUGUAAAGUGUGAAGAAAUUUAGUCUCUUGCAUGUAAUUUAAACUUAAUCUUUUAUGAGCAUGUGCAUUGCAAAACAUGAAAACCUGACUUGUUUUCCAUGUUUAGUGGCACCUGUUGAAAACUAAAUAAAACUGCUUUUCCUUUUGCAAUCCUCAA